AUAAAAAGCAUAAGACUCAGCUGUCCCUCACAAAUAUUGAUCCGACUUUGUUCGAAGACGACGACGACCCAGGAAGACCCUUGGAAUCUCUCUCUUCUCUCCUCCAUGGCUUUCGUUGAACGCGGUGUUGUGAAAUCAAAGCGAUCUAUAUGGCGCCUAAAGACUAUCACCGACUUCUUCUGGGCCAUUGUUAACUUCACAGGCGUGUUUUUUGCAACUAUGUUUUCGAUGGAGAAAUCAGAUGCUUACAGAAAAGGCUCUGGUGCUAGCAAGAAAUGGGAUGGUGGUGGCCCUGGAGGUCCUGGAGGACCAUAUGGUGGUGGGCCACGCGGGCCACCUCGCGGACUAGACAAUGUUCGUGGACUUGAUAGUGUUAGAGGGGCUGACCAUAGUUCUUUACCUGCAUGUGGCUCUUGCUGUGGUUAAGCCUCAGAGGAAUCUCUUGUGCACUUACAACAUUGUGUCUCUAGUGGUAUGUUUGGAAUGGUGUAGGGAAUUACUUCCAUGAUAUCGUAAGGAACUGAAAUUGUGUCUCAAGUUUUAUGCAAGGAACUGAAAUUGUGUAAUAUGUGCAUCUUGACAGACUUCUAAAGAGAACUUAAUAAACAUUGAUGACUCGAAUGUAUAAAUUAGCUUUGUAUGCUGUAACAAGUACACUGGUGUGUACAAGCAUUGUUGUCUCUAGGGGAAGAGGCAGGGCAAAUGAAUAGGCUGGACGGGUUUCCCAUCUGCCCUGCCAGUAAGGUCAAUUAUUAUAACCCGGUGCACCCUAAACCUAUUAAAAUUUCAAUGGAAUUUCUUGAUCUGUUCUCAUAA